GGGCUUGUAUAAAAAGCUGUCGAGGGGAUGAGUGUCCUCUUUCCGAAGAAGGUUGUGAACGACUCGCACAUUCUUUCCGCAACGUAACAUUCGAGAUAUUCCCACGAUGAGGAUCGCGUCCGCGUUUAUUGCGUUGUUUGGUUGCGCUGGGCUCGGUGCUACGACGCCGGUCACACCAAGAGCAGACGCCGCCACCCCCCUCGGCCAAUGGUCCCCCCUCCUCCCACUCCCUCUCUCUCCCAUCUCCGGCGGCAUCAGCCCAACCGGCGAAAUCCUCCUCUUCUCCGGAAACUCCCCCGGCGGCUGGCUCUUCACCAACGGCGGCGGCAACUGGACCUACUACGUCGUGGUCUCCACCGACCAGCUCCUCAACCGCAAACCCAUCCCCCUGCAGGGCGCGACCACCUCCGAGAUGUUCUGCCCCGGCACGACAAAUAUGCCCGACGGCCGUAUCCUCGUGAACGGCGGCAGCGGACCCGUUUCGGCGAUUAUGUAUGAUCCUGCAAAGAAGACCUUUGGACCCGUCGCGUCGAUGAAUGUGCCGAGGGGGUACCAGGCGAAUGUGUUGACGACGAACAACAAGGUGUUUACGAUUGGGGGUUCGUUCGUGAAGAAGUAUGGGAAAUAUGGGUUUGGGGGGAGGGAUGGGGAGCUGUAUACGCCUGAUGUGAAUGGUUUGGGAUCGUGGGCCAUCUCGAACCCGAAAUCUGGGAAUAUUAUUGGUGGGAUGGAGGACUCGCCUAGCCCGGACCCGGAGGGCAUUUAUAGGAGUGAUAACCAUGCUUGGCUCGUCUCGUACAAAAGCGCCGCCGGCGACGACAUGGUCCUCCACCUCGGCCCCGUCAAAACAAUGCACAACAUCAACACCUCCAAAGGCACCCUCACCUCCCUCGGCCCCCGCGGCACCGACUCCUACGCCAUUAACGGCGGCUUUGUACAGUACUCCCCCGGCCGCGUCUUUAAAACGGGCGGCGCGACCGCUUACGGUAACAGCCAGAGCAGCGUCGGGCUCGCCGCCUCCAAAGCUACGUACACGAUCCGCUUCGAUACCCUCCCCACAGGAGGAGCUGUCCAAGUCCGUCAGAAUGCGGACAUGCACAAUGCCCGAACGUUCUGCCAUUCGAUCGUCCUGCCGGGCGGGAAGAUCUUUGUCGUUGGGGGACAGACCAACAUUCAUAUCUUUGAGGACACGAAUGGAGUUCUGACGCCCGAGUUGUAUGACCCGGGUAGUGGCGUGUUUACGGUGCUGCCUGCUAUGCAGAAGGCGCGGACGUACCAUUCGAUUGCGUUGUUGACUAAGGAUGGGACUGUUCUUGUUGGAGGUGGGGGUGCGAAGGCAAAUAAGUGCUCGACGCCUGGGAAGGCUCCCUGUACGGAUGCCGUUCAUUUUGAUUCGGAGAUUUACACCCCACCCAACCUAACAACCGGCCUCCCCCGCCCCGUCAUCACCAAACUCAGCACGGGCACACCCGCCCCCUACAACGCCGUCCUCCUCCCCUUCCAAUCCCCCCUCACAAUCCUCGCCACCAGCUGCGGCAACGGCUGCACCUAUGAGCUCCUCCGGCUCUCCUCGGCAACGCACUCCGUCACCAACGACCAGCUGCGCGUGCCGCUGCAGGUGACGAAACGCGAUGCGGUGAAUGGGGAUGUCGCCCAGAUUUAUAGGGGGGAUUUGCCGUUUGUGACGGGCGGGUAUUAUUAUUUGUUUGCGAUUAGUGGGCAGGGGGUGCCGAGUGUUGCGGGAAUGGUUAAGGUGGUGCGGUGAGUGGGAAGCAUACAUACCUCCCGCCUCUAUGGUGAAACUCCACAGCU